UCGCAAGCCAGCUCGAGUUGGCAUCAGUGACAGUGAAGUGAGACUGGGGCUAAAGUGGAAGAAGUAGAACGAGCAACGAGGCAGGGACAGGCAGAAGUAGCGUGUCGUGCAUGGACAGGGACGGCAGAUAGAGGUGGGCUUGGCGGGGGUAAAAGGCGAUGCUGUGAUCGUGGAGAGUUUUAGUUUAGGUCUCACAGAAGAACGGCGGCAUGUGCGGAGUGUGUAUGCUGCCUUGAGCGGGGGAAGGAAACCCCUUCACUGCCAAAUUUGGCAACCAGGGAGGAGAAAUGCCAUUUUCAGUUGUUUUGCUGCGGAGCGCAGACGGAUAGGGGCGCUGGUGAUGCUUGCCCGUUGGGGAUCGCCGCUUUGCUAAGGAAAACUGGGCGGCUGAGGAUGUUGAUUUUGUGCGAAUCAUGGCAAAUGGAACUGGCACAAUUAUGCUGAAAUGCGUGGUCGUUGGCGACGGUGCUGUAGGCAAAACUUGUCUGUUAAUGAGCUAUGCCAACGACGCUUUCCCCGAGGAGUAUGUCCCCACAGUGUUUGAUCAUUACGCAGUGAGUGUCACUGUUGGAGGGAAGCAGUACCUACUAGGACUAUAUGACACUGCUGGGCAGGAAGACUAUGAUCGCUUGAGGCCUUUAUCCUAUCCCAUGACCGAUGUCUUCCUCAUCUGCUUCUCCGUGGUGAACCCGGCCAGCUUCCUGAAUGUGCGGGAGGAGUGGGUCCCCGAGCUAGAGGAGUACGCCCCCAGCGUCCCCUUCCUGCUCAUCGGAACCCAGAUCGACCUUCGAGAUGACCCAAAAACCAUCGCCAAACUCAACGACAUGAAGGAGAAACCCAUCACGACAGAGCAGGGUCAGAAACUGGCCAAGGAGAUAGGCGCCUGUUGCUAUGUGGAGUGCUCGGCUCUGACGCAGAAGGGGCUCAAGACGGUCUUCGACGAAGCCAUCAUCGCCAUCCUCACGCCGAAGAAGAGCGCGCUGAAGAGACGGCUGGGGUCGCGCUGCAUCAACUGCUGCCUCAUCACGUGAGAGGGACGGAGAGAGAGAGCGACAGAGCGAGAGAGGAGGAGGAGGGAGGGAGGGAGGGAGGGACAAAGACAACACAACAACAAAACCUGGACAGACAGCCGACACUCAGAGGGGAGGAGCCAGGAGGGAGGAGGAGGGGCCAAAGCAAAGCUGCAGAUUGACGGCAUUGCACGUCUGGGACUCCGCCCACAAGCGCCCGGGCACUUUCUCAGACUCACACCGGCCCGGUGACCCGCUGGGAACUUCAGCUUUACCGGAAAAGAAACCAAAUAACCAAAGUAGCACAAGCUCACCACCGUACCGAAGACUUUUAUUUCCCUCAGAAACAACAUUUAUAAUCACUAUUUUUAUUAAUGUCCCAUUAUUCUUACCUACACCGUUUAAAAAAAAAAAAAAAACACACACAAACACACAGCCCUUUGAACAGCUCUGUUAAAAGAUUCCCAAUACCUUCCAGAUUUACAAAGCCGUAUAAAUAUGUAACAAAAAAUUGCAGUUAUGCUUCUCUUAAAUGUAGGCCAAAAAUAUAUGUUCUUUUUGCCAGUAUUUGCAUAAUGGAAUUUUGGCUUUGAGUUUCAAAGUCCUCUUCGGUUUCCAACACCACAGUGGAACGUCCCGUUGCGUUUGGGGUUCAGUGCACCUCUCUGCGCUUGCUUCGCACCCAUCUACUUGCACUUGUAGGUCAGCUGCUUACGGUGCCAGUAGAUCCAGCCAGGGGCAAUGAUGAGGCCCGUCAGGAACCCAAAAGUGGCCCCCAAGGAGCAGGAAAUGGGCCACACCUUUGAAGAGGGGCACGGAACAGAGGAAAUGCAGUCAGCUUCCCCCAGUAACGUACGGACACACAAGCACAAACUACCCAAAGGGAAGGAGAGGUAACUUUACAACAAACACCCCGCCCACUCCCACUGCUCCAAUCAGGCUCCACUGCCCCAUGUCCCCAGCCAGCAACAUCAUCGGAUGUGUCAAUCACCUUCUUUAAAAAAAAAAAGAAAAAAAAAAAAAAAGGACAAGAUUGCUUAAUCACUGCGUCUUUUUCAGUAUGAGUCUGGGAUUUUCUCUCUUUACGUGUUUGAGGCCUUGCCCGUCGGGCUGGGCUGACCGCUGUGUGGUUCUGUGACAACACCGUCAGCUUGGCCAGUGGGCCUGACCUGGCCUCCGGAGGGCUGGGACCGGACCUCAUCCUCGCACUCUUCUGAGCGGGGAAGACCCAGUACCCUCUGGAUCACAGCCCGCUUCAUUUUACCAUGAUGCACUGUGGAGUGAAAGUGCGUUUUUCCUUUUCUUUUCUAAGUGGACCUUGUCGCACAGUACAUGCUGUUGUUGGGAGUGGAUUGGUCUCACAGCAAAAAUAUCAGUGACCUUUUCUUAUCUUUUUUUUCCUAGGAAGCAUAUGAUCCAAAUAAAAGGUGUAUAUCGUUUUAAGAA